AUACUCUUUCAAAAACUUUCUCAUUGUCUACUCUUUUUACUAAAUAACCCUCUUUGACUCAAAAGACUUUCUUUUACCAGAAACAGAAAAACUCUCUCUCUCUCUCUGAGCAAAUUUCACAUCUUUUUUUUCAUUCUGACUGGGUGCUGUUAAUCUCUUUCUUUGUACUUCAUUGGGCCCUUCUUUCUUUGGGUUUUUCUGCUAAAGACAAAUUUUGUUGCUUCUUAAGACAUUCAGAUCUUUUCCUGUACUGCUCAAUGUGCUCGUUGGUUUGGUGGGGUUUUAUUUAUUUAAUUAAUUUUUAAGGAACUUUCUUGGGGUUUGGUAUUGUGGAUUUAUCGGAUAGAGAGGAUUAAGUCUUUGGUGGGUUUGAUGGGAAUGGCUCAAAUUUCUUUUGUUUUGUUGCUUAUUUUGAUGGGUACCAUUUAAAUGAAGAUGUUUGUAUACACAUCUACAUUGUGCUUGCUGUGUAUGAAACUAAUGGGAUUUGACUGAUUUGCUGUUUUUGCAUACAAAAGAAGUUGGAGAGUUGCUGUAUGGGAAAUGGGGUUUUGCAGAUGAAGGCAUUGUAUUUGUAGGUUUUGUGAAAUAUAUCUGGGGUUGUUGCACUAGUUUGCAUUUAUAGAGGAGAAAAUGGAGGUUGAGAAAAGACGCUCAAAGGGAGGCUUCCUUAACUUGUUUGAUUGGAAUGGUAAAUCUCGGAAGAAGCUGUUCUCUAACAAUUCUGACUUGCCUGAAGGACUGAAGCAGGGGAAAGAAAGUGUGGAGAAUGUGUCAAAAUCAUGGCCUAAUAGGGUAGAGGUAAAUGAGAAUGGAGCAAGUUCAAGUAAUAAAGGAAGUAGUGACUAUAACUGUGCUUCAUCGGUGACUAGUGAUGAAGGCAGUGGGACUAGAGCUCCUGGAGUUGUUGCUAGACUCAUGGGUUUGGAUUCAUUGCCAGCUUCAAAUGUUGCCGAGCCUUGUUCUACCCCAUGUCUCGAGUCUCACUCUUUUAGACCGUCUCUUUAUGAUAGGAGCAACCCUAAUUUGUGGAGUGAUUAUCAACACAUGGACUACAUAAACAUGCCUAGUAAGAUGGAGAAGUCUUCCUGGAAUCCCAUAGAGUCAAGGGCACAAAAGGUGCAGAACCGCCCAAUUGAGAGAUUUCAAACAGAGAUGUUGCCUCCAAAAUCAGCUAAAUCUAUUCCAUUUACCCACCAUAAGUUGUUGUCUCCUAUCAAGAGUCCUGCAUUUAUCCAAACAAAGAAUGUAGCUUACAUAAUGGAGGCAGCUGCAAAGAUAAUUGAUUCAAGUCCCCGAGCAUCUAACAACAAUAAAGUAUCGUCUUUUGGAUCUCCCUCAGUUCCAUUGAGGAUUCGGGAUUUGCAAGAGAAAAUGGAAGCUGCACAUAGAGCAUCCAGGCCUGGAAAACUCAAGGAACCCAGUGUUGUUAAGUAUAAGAAAGGUAAGUCUAAUGACAUGAGUCACAGUGGAUCAGAAUAUGCAUCAGUAUCCAAGUCUUCUACAAAUUCAGAAAAGAGUGGUUCUGAGAAUUCAAGGAAUAAGGGAAAAUCUGUUUCACUUGCGGUACAAGCACAGGUCAAUGUCCAGAGAAAAAAUGGAUCGACUUCAACUAGUAAUGGGAAUUUUAGGAGUCAGAAGGAACAGAAUGAUGUCAAAUCAAACCACUUUUUGAAGAAUCAGCAAAGUAGGCAAAGAACUGCACAGAAGAGAACUUCUGCUAAUAGGACUAGCAAUGUGCUCAGGCAGAAUAAUCAGAAGCAGAAUUCUGUAUCCAAUAAAGAUAUUUCAAGUUCAAAAACUUCAGUUUCCAAUCAGCUAGCAAGAAGAAGUAAGUCCAUUGAUGGUUCUAAUGGGCCAAAUAGGACUGUAAAGAAGGUUGUUGUGAACACUGAAACUGGGGCUAAAAAGCCAAGGUCAGUGGCAACUCAUACUGACAAGGAGUUUUCAUCAGCCAAAACUAAGAAUGUUUCUCGAAAGAAAAUGUCUUUUAGUGGGGAUGUUCAACCUGAAGAAAACAUCAUUGAUGAUGCAUUAAUCAAUAAUGAUGAAAGUUCUAGAAAAUGUAAUGUUGAGACUGAUCAGUGCAUGAAUUGGGGUACAGAUAACAUGAAACAAGGAAUGGAUGUUGUUUCAUUUACGUUCAUGUCUCCCCUGAGAAGAUGCAUGCCUGAAGCACAGUCCUCCAGUGAGGUCAUGGGAAUAAAUAACCACUUCAGUAAUGAUUCUUUUGGUAAUGGUGAUCGCCAUCUUCGAAAAAAUCUUGAUCUAUCAUGUCCAGGGUUGAAUGUAACUGGGAGUGAUGUUUUGAGUGUCCUUUUGGAACAAAAGCUGCAGGAGUUGAUAUUUAGAGUUGACUCAUCUCACUGUAACCUGGUUGGAGAAGAGACUUCUGCUAGUUUGGGAUCCAGUUUGCAAGAUUCAAUUCCCAGCAUGGUGAGCUCCACAUCAAGGGAACAGAAUGAGAGGUUUCAAUUUGGUAUUCAUAGAAGUAAAUCAGAGAGCAAACAUGACUAUGAUUUUUCUUCAGUUGAUGGUCUGUUGCAAAAUGUGGACCAGCAGAGGCAGUUUCAGGGACCUGAAGGGAUGGAAACUCAUAGCAGAUGCAGCAACGACAGGGCAACUGGAGGAGAACUUGAUUGUCUAUAUCCCAGGCCUGCUUCAAGUUUUGAACACUCUUUUGGGAGUAAAAGUUUCUCAGAUAGUAGCCAGAGUGCCAAUGGGAGCACAAAGUAUUCAUUGGAGCAAGCAGAAGAUUCAUCUAACUGGCACUCUACAAAUGAAUCUCUACUAGUGGGAGGUGAGACAGAAUUAUCGGACACAGCCUCUUCCAUCUCUACAUGGGAUGUGGGCAUAAGGCAUAUAAGUAGAACAUUCAGUUCGAAAAGUUUCAAGGGAUCAAGCAACUGGGAACUAGAAUAUGUGAGGGAUAUUCUUGACAAUGCAGAGUUGUCAUCAGAAGAUUUUGAAUUGGGUCAUGCUGAUAAGGUUAUAGCCUCAAAUCUCUUUGAUCAAUUGGAGUAUCAGGGAAAUGGAUCAGAAAUAAAUGAAGAAGAGAACGUCAAGCUUGGGCGAAAGGUUCUGUUUGAUUGUGUAACCGAAUGCCUUAAUUUGAGGUACAGUCACACUCUUGUUGGAAGCUGCAAAGCAUGGGCUAAAUGGAUGACAUUGUGUGGUAGGAAGGUGUUGCUAGCAGAGGAGUUUUAUAAGGAGAUUUUAGGUUGGAAAAACAUGGAGGAUUUCAUGGUGGAUGAGCUCGUCGACAAGGACAUGAGCACUCAGUAUGGGAGAUGGAUUGACUUUGACAUAGAGGCAUUUGAAGAAGGCGUGGAGAUUGAGAAGGGAAUAUUGACUUCAUUGGUUGAUGAAUUGGUUUCUGAUAUGUUGCAUUUCUAGAGCAUUGAUGGCCUUCUUUUAAUUUAGUUUCAAUAUGUCCAGUUGGAAUGGUCCCCUAGUGGAUCUUGUACUUUCUUUUUCCCUGUCCAUUCUGGUAUAUAUAUUAUUCAAAAAAUAUGCAAAGCAUAAAAGAUCAUUCAUUCAAGUCAAUGUUUCUCAUAUUUCAAUGUGUAGCGGCUCCUAGUACCAAAUUAAAAAGAAUGCUUUGGUUCAUCGUU